AUGUACGACCAUAUUCGUAGGAACCUCGAUAACUUUGAUCAUUAUGAUCGCUCCGUCUCCCUCGAUCAAAAUAUUCGUUUCCUUCUUCAUGAGUUCCUUAUAUUGCAGGACAGUUACAUCGAUUUGUUGGAAUAUUUUGAAUUGGAUGGAUCGUCUCGCCAUCAUA